CCCGACUCCGCCGUGCUCACUCCCGCGCUGUGUGUUUGGCCCGGCAGCCGCGUCUGGGCCCGGCACGUUCGCCCAUCGCAGCCUCUUCUCAGCACAGACAUGGCCUCGGGCGCUGCUACCACUGCGGUGAAGAUUGGAAUAAUUGGUGGAACAGGCCUGGAUGAUCCAGAAAUUUUAGAAGGAAGAACUGAAAAAUACGUGGAUACUCCAUUUGGAAAGCCAUCUGAUGCCUUAAUUUUGGGGAAGAUAAAAAAUGUUGAUUGUGUCCUCCUUGCAAGACAUGGGAGGCAGCACACCAUCAUGCCUUCAAAAGUCAACUACCAGGCGAACAUCUGGGCUCUGAAGGAGGAGGGCUGUACACAUGUCAUAGUGACAACGGCUUGCGGCUCCUUGAGGGAGGAGAUUCAGCCCGGUGACAUCGUUGUCAUCGAUCAGUUCAUUGACAGGACCACCAUGAGGCCCCAGACCUUCUAUGAUGGAUGUCAUUCCUGUACCAGAGGAGUAUGCCAUAUUCCAUUGGCUGAGCCGUUCUGCCCCAAAACAAGAGAGGUCCUCAUAGAGACUGCUAAGAAGCUAGGACUCCGAUGCCACUCAAAGGGGACUAUAGUCACAAUCGAGGGACCUCGGUUUAGUUCCCGGGCAGAAAGCUUCAUGUUCCGCACCURGGGGGCAGAUGUUAUCAAUAUGACCACAGUUCCAGAGGUGGUUCUUGCCAAGGAGGCUGGAAUUUGCUAUGCAGGCAUCGCCAUGGCAACAGAUUAUGAUUGCUGGAAGGAGCAUGAGGAAGCAGUUUCAGUAGACCGGGUUUUAAAGACCCUGAAAGAAAAUGCCAACAAAGCUAAAAGUUUACUCCUUACUGCCAUACCUCAGAUAGGAUCCAUGGAAUGGUCAGAAACCCUCCAUAACCUGAAGAAUAUGGCCCAGUUUUCUGUUUUAUUACCAAGACACUAAAAUCGUUUUUUAUUACUGCUCAGAAGAAAAGAAGACUUUCCAGUUAUUUUGGAUAUUUUGCUUACCUUGAGGGGAAAACAAAACAAAAACUUGGGAAAGACAUGCAGCUUAUGUGUCCUUGCCUGCAAAAGAAGAGCAGGUAGAAAGACAUYGCAAGUAUUGGAGACUCUGCCUUAAAGAUWGAGACUGUUUGAGAGCAAUGAGGAAAAGCARAUGGACAGGAAAUCUUACAUUUUGGGAAAACACCAAGAAGAGAGCAUUCUCACCUCACUUCCCUUAUUAACUUUGCAACAAUAAAGAUUUGAGGGUAAUACUCAUUUCCUACAUUGACAUGGAAUAUGGGGAAGAAAUGGGACUCUGGUUAUUUAUUAUAAAUUGGUACAAUCAUUUUGGAGGGCAGUUCGGCAAAAUGCAUSAGAAACCUUAGAAAUACUUAUGCACUUUGUUGGAAAGUCCUAGGAAUUUCUCCUUCAAAAAUUAUUGGAGAAUCAUACAAAAAAACUGUGUAUGAAGAGAGAUGYUUAAUAGUUACUGUUAAGAUAGCAAGUAUUCACAACAAUCUGGAUUUCCAACAACUGAAGGUCAUUUAUGGUUUCAGUUAUCAUUAGAUUGUAAAGCAAUCAGCUGGCGAUCAUGUUUUCAUGUAAUAUUUAAUGUUCCAAAUAAAUCAUUUUCCUGUUCUA